AUGCACACCGACCAGGCGGUCUUCUAUCUCGCCCCGGCGAACGAAUUUGCUUUGGACAUCGUUCGACAUCCUGAAAAUAGCAACCGAAGAUGCCAGGACCCUAGAGACCCAAAGAAGCUAUGCCUGCGAAUUGGAUUGGACCAAGAGUCCAAGAGCCCACCGUAUCUCGUCAGUUUCGGUAGACGAGACCAUAACGAUGUCAUCCUGGAUAAGUACUUUCCAAGAACCGAUCAGUGCUAUUUCGAGUUUAAUAAGGAAAGUGGAGAGCUUCUGCUUCACGACAUAUCGAAAGCUGGUGAUACGCAACUCGCUGAGAUCGGAAGGAUCAUCGAAAAAGAUGAAACUCGAUCUAUAGAGAUAGAGAAGAAGUCAGGCUCUUUCGAAAUAACGAAGGCCCCUCGGCAAUGUGUCGUGCUUCUCGGGCCUGACUUAUACCAAGAUCGCAUCGAAUGGUUAUUCAAGAUCCGUGACGCCGAGUUUCUAUUGAUCCCAGGGCCAACACAACUGAUAGAGGAGAAGUUGGCGUUCGCUAGAAACACCAACAAUGAUGAGGCACUCGAAAGGACUUUGCAGGCACGCCGUACGCUCGAUCUGCAACCCGACGGAUCGCUAGCUCUUGAACUCCGGAGUACCUAUUUCCGAGCCUUGCCCAAGCAGGAAAAUGACAAGUUGAUACGAUUCAGAAAGCUCAAACUGCUUGGAAGUGGCGGUCAAGCUGAAGUGUACAAGGUUGUCGAUAUGUAUACUGGUACGCACUACGCUUGCAAAAUCAUCAACGUGGGGAAAAUGGCGGCUGAAUGGAAGAUUGCUACCGGGAAAGAUUAUCGGAUAAGACUGAAACGGGAGGUAGAAAUGCUCCGUAAUCUGACGCAUCCUCAUAUCGUGCCAUACACGCACACCCAGAAUUCGGAAUUCAGCCCCUAUUUCGAAAUAUUCAUGCCUAUCUAUAAAGGCAGCCUCCUCGAUCUACUGCGAGAGCCCAGAGAACAGGGACUAGAGGAAUUACAAGCCAUAGUCUGCCAAAUGCUAUAUCAGAUGUUUCAGGCACUGGACUUCAUUCAUUCUCGUGAUCCGCCAAUCAUACAUCGAGACAUCAAGCCGCAAAACAUCCUGUACCACGACGACAACUUCUUUUUGACAGACUUUGGGAUCGCCAAAGCUGUCGAUACAUCAAAGACUUUUAUUGGAUCGAGACCGUAUAUGGCGCCUGAAGUUAGGGAGAACAGACAGCACACGCCCAAAAUUGACAUAUGGGCGCUCGGUGUGACAGUGGUGAAGUGUUUAGAGAAACAUGAAGACUUCGAGGAACAAGCGAAAGGGGAGCAGUGGUACGAGUACCUCCAGACGAGCCUGAACCGACAUGGCUUUUCUUUCGUAUCUAUGGUCAGCGUCAAAACCGAUGGGCGUCCAACGGCUCACGACCUAUUACAACACUGGUCGACCGAUGCCAGCUUGGGUUCAGCAGUGCCGUCGCUUUCGCCCGGAACAACAGCGAGAGGCUCUGCACCACCUAUCCUCACGGACCGGGCACAAACGGUAUCCACGACGCUCGCCCAGCCCAUGACACACGAUGAGAGCUUGCAGCUAUUGCAACCUAAGGCGGCGGUAAUUGCAUCGCUUAGCGUGCCUCCCAGUCCGCCGGCACAGCCAGGAACCGGACACGGAGAAUCUGGCAAGUCUGCGAGGCCUGGCAAGCGUAAGAGGUCAUUGCAUGAUGGGGAUACACUGUCUCACUCCUCUCUGCUACCGGUACCGAAACGGUUUUGUAAGGCAUAG